UCGCGCAGCGGAGCGCGCCUCUCGGGAAACUUGUGACCGCGGAAAUCACGCAGCUCGACGCGGCCCCGGUGCGCUUGAAUAUAUUUGGGCGCACAACUCCGCCGCCCCGAAGUCUCCACUCUCGCUCCUUCUCCGCCGGCCGACAUGGACUGCGGGAUUAUUACUUCCAAGACGAUCCUGCUGCUCCUCAGCUUGACUUUCUGGGCUGCAGGAGCUGCCCUGGCCUAUGUAGGUUGCUAUGUGAUAAAGAGCUACAACAACUUUGGCAGUUUCCUGGAAGACAAGUACCAAAUGAUCCCAGCCGCCAUCAUUCUAGGUUCUGGCAUAGUGAUGUUCAUUUUUGGCCUAGUGGGAUGCUGUGCCACAAUUCGAGAGUCCAAACUCGGCCUCGGCUUCUUCUUUCUGAUCAUCAUGAUUAUCUUCGCAGCUGAAGUGGCUGCUCUGGUACUAGGUUUCGUCUACCAAGGCAGGAUAAAUGGAGACCUGGGACGCUCUAUGAAUAAUACGUUCAUGAAGUAUGACGGAAAGGACACGGAGAGCCAAGGUGUCGACUACCUGCAGACCCAGCUGCAGUGUUGUGGUGUGCAGUCUUAUACCAACUGGACCAACACCCCCUGGUUCACGAGCCAUAACAACACCGUGCCUCUGUCCUGCUGUAAGAAUGCUACCAACACCGAGUGCACUGGCAGACUGGAUCAGCCCGACCUGCUUAAUACAGCGGGUUGUGAGCUCAAGCUGGAGCGGCUCAUUCAGGAUGUGUUUAGUUAUGCCAUGCUGGUCAUCCUGGGCUUUGCCAUCAUCAAGUUCUUCGGGAUGCUGAGUGUGUGCGUGAUCACAUGUAAGACUGGCAGCCACAGGAGUGGCUAUGAGCCCCUGUAUGCCUGAACACCUUCCUGUUCAGUGGACAGAAAAGAAAUAACAGAGGAUGCUUCAGAAGAUCAAUUCACAGCACCUUAACUGCAACCCCAUAUCUCUUUCAUCAUUCUCUUCAUCCCACGGCUGUGAGACAAGUACCGUCUACAGUCCAGUUAUGAAAUCUCUUCAUACUCAUGUAGUGAUGCACAGAAACAACCAUCCCCACUUUUCCUGUUCACUGUGUACAUUUUUUUUAUGCUACCAUAUUACUAAUGUUACUUAAGAUCUCACAAACAUUAUUUUAACCUAAGAGCACUCUAGUCUCCCUCCUCACUUAAACCAUAUGCUUGAAUAUUAGAAGACUUGAAAUCCACGACACCGUCAUUUCGCAAAGUCUUGGCUUUCAGUUCAGGGCAAAAGCAAUAGCACCCCCCCCCCCCCUCCGCAGAUUGGUAAUGAUAAUGAAUGUGUUGCAGUUAGGUUCUUCAUGUUUUAUCUUUGGCUUCUCUACUCCAGUAUGUCCUUCUGUUAAAUUAAUUUAAACAAUGAUAAUAAUGCGUUUUUUUUUUUACAAAUUGAAUGUCAGUGUAGCAAGUUGAAAUACAUAGUUGUGCUUCUUGCAUCACUGGCCGAUUUUGGAAGUAGUGGCUGCACCAUAAAACCAAAAAACGUCCUCGUAGUGAACAACAUGGGACUCAUCACUUAAACCAGUUAACCGGAUAUUGAAGAAAUAUUUUACACCAAACCGGCCGCUUGACAGUCCCAUGGAAAUUAUUUGAAUUAUUUAUAUCUAUUGUAGUUAGCUGGAAUGAACCUUUACACUCAGAUACUGGUAGAUUCGGGUGAUUUGCUUGAUUUUUUUCUGUAUGCUGAUCUAUGAAAGCUGCAAUGAAGAUAAUGGAUUUCCUCUCAUGUAAGAAAGAUGGACAUUUAACCAACAGCUUUAACAUUCUUGGUGUCCAUGAGAGGAAAGAAGCAAUUGACUUCUUUGGAAAUUAAAACUUCAUCACAUGUAGGCUUUGUUUUAAAGGAUACUACUGUGCAAUAUGUUAUGAUGGAGCUGUCUCAAUGAGCUGUAGAUUUUGAUUGAAGGAAUCCAAUAUGUACUAUAGAAAUAUUGACCAAGGGCCUAGUUUUUAAUGUUGUAUAAACUGCCACCAGGUAAAUGAAUGACUAGCCGACAUUAUAAGGUCAGUUAACUCUGAGUUUGAGUUGAGCCACAUGGAGUAUGACUGUGUAUAUUUUAUUCCUGUAUUAAUAAAGAAUAAAUUGCCA